AUGACUUCGCCGCAGGAAUCAGGAGCGAAGAGUACGAUGUCUCAACCAUACCGCCAAAUGACUGACAACGAAAUGCGAAUAAAGAAGGAAAAAGGUUGGUGUUUUAGAUGUGACAAGAAGUUCAGUCCAGAGCACCGCUGUAAAAGACGUGAAUUAAACAUCAUUGUUGUUCAAGAAGGGGAAGACUUAAGUGAAGAAACCGAUCAAGUGGGGGAAGAAAUCGAAACCAACGGGAAUGACGAAAUCAAUACAGAAAUAGCGAAUUUGUCGCUAAAUUCAUUGGUAGGUCUCAAUUCAUCGAAAACCAUAAAAAUUAAAGGAGAAAUAAGGGGACGUGAGGUUGUGGUGCUGAUCGAUGGGGGAGCCACGCACAAUUUUAUUGCAGAAGAGGUAGUCAAAGAGCUAAAAAUUUCAGUAGAAACCAUGGAUGCAUAUGGGGUUGUUCUAGGAACCGGAGGUGUAGUCCGAGCAACCGGUGUGUGCAAGGAUGUAAACCUGAAAAUUGCCAAUUUAUCAAUCACUCACAAUUUUCUCCCUCUACCACUCGGGAGUGUUGACGUUAUAUUAGGAGUUACUUGGUUGGAAACGUUAGGGAAAGUAAUUUUUGAUUAUAAGUUGUCGGAGAUGGAAUUCUCAUCGGGAGAAUGGGUGGUAAUUCUUCAAGGGGAUAGAAGUUUAGUAAGAUCCCAAGUGUCACUGAAAUCGAUGAUGAAAACAUUUGAGAAGGAAGAUCAAGGCGUGUUGAUCGAAUUAAGUACAGUUGAACAGUGGGGAGCGGGCGAAGCAAGGGAACACAUAGCAAACUACUUGAGUAAACUACAACCAGAAAUUCAGAAAGUUCUUCAGUCCUUUAGCGUGUUUGAACCAAGUAAUCAAUUACCCCCACCUCACGAUCAUGAUCAUGCUAUUGAAUUAGAACCAGGGGCUCGUGCAAUGAACGUGCGCUCGUAUCGUUAUCCUCAAUUUCAGAAUGAUGAGAUAGAGAAACUAGUUAAGGAAAUGUUGCUAGCCGGAAUAAUUCAACCAAGCAAAAGUGUCUUUUCAAGCCCGAUGCUCCUUGUUAAGAAAAAGGAUGGUAGCUGGCGAUUUUGCGCUGAUUACCGAGCACUGUACCUUGCCACUAUACCAGAUAAGUAUCUGAUUCCUAUUGUUGAUGAACUGUUAGAUGAAUUAUUUGGGGCAACCAUAUUCUCUAAAAUUGAUUUAAAGUCAGGUUAUCAUCAAAUUCGGGUCCAGGCGGCCGAUGUACAUAAAACAGUUUUUCGAACCCACGAAGGGCACUAUGAGUUCCUUCAAGUUCUUGGAGGAGCAUUUGCACCAAUUGGCAAUGGUUUGGGAACUCUAGUAACUCAUCAAUUGGUAGCCAACUUCAAAAAAUGCCAAUUUGCAGUUGGCAGAAUUGAAUACUUGAGCCAUGUCAUCUCUUCAGAGAGGGUGGCAGUGGAUCCAACAAAAAUAGAAGCGAUGGUUAAAUGGUCAGCACCCAAGAACGUGAAGGAGCUACGUGGGUUUUUGGGGCUAACAGGGUAA